CGACCCGGAAGCCGCCGUGCAGGCUGCGCUCGCGUGAGGGCUGUGGAGCUCCGUGCCGCGCGGAGUCUUUGGGCCAGCCGCGCCCCGUCCCUCGGUCGCCACGGGCCCAUGAGUCCCCAUGGCGACGGCAGGGGCCAGGCCCAGGGGAGGGCAGCCCGAGAGGGGCCGCGGCGCUCCGGGGGCCUCCGCGGCGGCGUCGCCGUGUUCGCCGCUGUGGCCGCCGUGUUCACCCUCACGCUGCCCCCCUCGGUGCCCGGGGGAGACUCGGGGGAACUGAUCACAGCCGCACAUGAGCUUGGAGUUGCCCAUCCUCCUGGCUAUCCUUUGUUCACGCUGGUGGCUAAACUGGCAAUUAUACUGUUUCCUUUUGGUUCAGUUGCCUACCGCGUCAAUCUUCUCUGUGGCUUAUUUGGAGCAGUAGCUGCAUCGUUACUUUUUUUCACUGUUUUCAGGCUUUCUGGCUCAUAUGCUGGAGGAAUCCUUGCUGCGGGGGUGUUUUCAUUUUCUCGUCUAACAUGGCAGUGGUCCAUUGCAGCAGAGGUUUUUAGCUUAAACAAUCUGUUUGUGGGGCUGCUCAUGGCUCUUACUGUACGUUUUGAGGAGGCGGCAUCUGCAAAGGAGAGAUCAAAGAUAGCUAAAAUUGGUGCUUUCUGCUGUGGCCUUAGCUUAUGUAAUCAGCACACAAUAGUACUCUAUAUUUUGUGCAUAAUACCUUGGAUUCUCUUUCAACUUUUAAAAGAGAAGGAACUCUCGCUGGGCUUUCUGCUGAGGUUGAGUCUGUACUUCUCUGCUGGUUUGCUGCCUUAUGUCUACCUUCCCAUCUCAUCCUACCUCAACCAAGCCCGCUGGACCUGGGGAGACCAAACAACAUUGCUAGGAUUUUUGACGCAUUUUCUCAGGGAAGAAUAUGGAACAUUCAGCCUGGCCAAAUCUGAAAUAGGAUCCAGUAUGUCUAAAAUGUUGCUUUCUCAAGUAACAAGUAUGAGGACCGAACUCUCAUUCAACAUCCAAGCCCUCGCAGUUUGGGCAAAUAUAUGUUUAGCAAGAAAGGACAGACAGAAUCCAUCAUUAGUAUGGCUUUUUACUGGAAUGUUUUGCAUUUAUUCAUUGUUCUUUGCUUGGAGGGCAAAUUUAGAUAUUUCAAACCCACUUUUCAUGGGUGUGGUGGAACGAUUCUGGAUGCAGAGCAAUGCUGUGGUGGCCGUCCUGGCUGGCACUGGUUUGGCCGCACUUGUGUCUGAGAGUAACAGAGUGCUGAACAGCAGUGGGCUUCAGUGUUUGGAGUGGCUCUCAGCAGCAAUUUUUGUAGUUUACCAAAUAUAUUCUAAUUACAGCAUUUGUGACCAAAGGACCAACUAUGUGAUCGAUAAAUUUGCAAAGAACCUUCUAGCCUCUAUGCCUCGUGAUGCAAUUAUCUUACUCAGAGGAGAUUUGCCAGGGAAUUCUCUCCGUUACAUGCAUUACUGUGAGGGGUUGAGGCCAGAUGUUUCAUUAGUGGAUCAGGAAAUGAUGACUUAUGAGUGGUAUUUACCCAAGAUGGCAAAGCAUUUACCAGGUGUCAACUUCCCUGGGAACCGGUGGAAUCCUGUGGAAGGAAUAUUACCUAGUGGAAUGGUCACAUUUAAUCUUUAUCGUUUUCUUGAAAUAAAUAAACAAAAAGAAACAUUUGUUUGCAUAGGAAUUCAUGAAGGGGACCCAACCUGGAAAAAGAACUAUUCACUUUGGCCAUGGGGGUCUUGUGACAAAUUGGUUCCUUCAGAGAUUGUAUUCAACCCUGAGGAAUGGAUUAAACUUACAAAAAAUAUGUAUAACUGGACUGAAGAAUAUGGAAGGUUUGAUUCAACUUCUUGGGAAUCCGUGGCCAAUGAAGAGAUGUGGCAAGCAAGGAUGAAAACACCGUUCUUCAUCUUUAACCUGGCAGAAACUGCUAAUAUGCCUUCAAAUUUGAAAGCUCAACUCUACAUUCAUGCAUAUAACCUUUAUAAGGAGAUUGUCUAUUUACAAAAGGAACACCCAGUGAAUUGGCACAAGAACUAUGCCAUCGCCUGUGAGCGGAUGCUGCGUCUUCGGGAGAGAGAUGCAGACCCUGAAGUCCUCUUAUCUGAAACCAUCAGACAUUUCCGUCUCUACACUCAGAAAGCACAGAGUGAUCCACAGCAAGCUGAUAUUUUAGUUGCUCUAAAGCACCUAAGAAAAGAACUGCAAAGUCUAAGAAAUAUGAAAAAUGUCUGAGACAGCAAAAUAUGAAAAACCUGCCUGUCAUUCAGCUUCCAAAAUUCUGAAGUCCAAAAAUUUUUCCUUCAAGAAAAAAACUGUAUAAAAAAUUUAAAACUAAAUCAUCUCCCAGAUAUAAGUAACAUGGUACAGAAGUACUGUUUAAUGGGGUGUAUAUUAUAUGCAAAAUUCUGUUUUGCAGAAUUUGAUAAUUCCACAUUAUCAAAUAAGAUUUCAGUGAGAAGCUUUUGAAAAGUCUUCCUACUUCCACAAUCUUUCACCAAAUGACUGUGCUUGGUUACAUACUAGAUGAGAAUGAAUUAUGUUCAUAUAAUGAAAAUAUCAACCAGGAAUCUUUUAAGGGCCAUGCUUAUCAGUUUUAAAGGUUAAAUUCUUUUAACACUAGACCAAAGACAUUUUGUUUCCUGAAAGUGAAAUAGUUUUUAAAAGGAAUGAAUCUUGUUAUGCUUCAAGUUAGAGUAUGGUUUUUUUUAAAGUAACUAUAGUUGUUAUAUAAUCUUACACUUCAAGCUAAAGUGAGCGAUAUUUUGGAAAAAGUUUGGAUUUCUGUUGUCUUGGAUAGUUCCGCUGAAAUCACUAACUUGAUGUUUGCUUAUUUCAGAUGCAGAAACGGGCAAGUAGAAAGGAUUUUUUUAUUUACUUAAUUAAUUUUAUAUUUAUGUUUUACUUCUAUUUGGACUCACAGAUCUAGGCCCAAUAAUUAGUAGGCUCCUGCUGCCAAAAUGCAAAGAAAAAAAAAGGCGGGGAUCAGGGGGAUGGGGAAGUGAUUCAAUAAAUUCAUUUUGUUACAAGCAUCUUUUAUACAUAUUACUAAAGAGAACAUAGUAAGAAAUGCAAAUAAUAGUUCUUUAUUUUAUUAUGACAGUUAAUUAAUAGCAACCUGUUUUAAUGAAUAAAGUCACUCAGAGUCCUUCAGCACUUCCUAAGUAGAGGCCAGAAUCUGUAGGGCUUCUUUUCCCCCCAAUUGUAUAGCUCCUAGACUCCAAGCACUAUAUAGGCCCCUGUAUAGAAAUGCUCACUAAUGAAGAGGGAGGGCUAGAAGCUUGUCUGCAUUCAAAGAUCACUGGUGAGUCAUUCAGCAAGAAAAGGCCCCUUACCAGGAAUAGUCACAGUUCCGUGGCAUUGUACUAGCAAAAGGGUCUGAUCAAAGGUCUCCUGUGGAGCUUGCAUGGUUCCCUUUCAUACUACGACCAUAAUUAAAACCACUAAUUCUCUUUUAAAAUGCUGCAGGAUGCCAUGUAGGCAUCUGUCUGGAGUGUCCUUUGUGAUGUCAUAAGCUGUUAAGGACCAGUGCCGAGGGCUUUUGAGUGAAAUGCCAGUCAUGAAGGUGCUUCAAGACAAGGGUGCCUCUAAAAGCUUGACAGGGCCUUGACUGCACAAUUCGAGCUGAAUUUGCCCCUUGUCAGCUGCCAGUAAAUAAAUCUCAAAGGGGGAAAAGCUGAAGUUUCAUUACCUGAUCCAUGGGGCUUUGUUGGUUUUGGCAUCACACAGGGGAAGCUCUUGCCCCUCCAUUCUCUGGAUUUGAAGAUGUCCAUUGGAGCCUGCAGUGCCUGGACAGGGUUCAGAGCGGAGCCUUUUGAAGAGUGUCAAUAGUUGUAACAGUUCAGCUGUUAGGAAGACAAAUAAAUGGAGGAGCUCAUUAAUCCGCUUUUGGCUCUCGGUGCCUUUUGCCCUUUUAUCACAGCCUUAUUAGGCUCCUACUCAUCUUGAACCAGAAAAAAAUGAAUUGAAGUUGUUGAGUACUAAUUGGCAAAGACUUUUAAUCACGGGCCAAGAACUUUCCCUGACUUGAAAGUAACUUCUCCACAGGGAAGAACCAAAAACCUGGUUUACCUUAAAACAAAAACCUGUUGGAGUUCAGCAUGGUAUAAAAAUUUAAGGAAGCGUCAAUAAAUUGUCUAAGUUUAUCCAUUUGAAAGAAAUUGUGUAAGGUUAUGAUUUUCACUUCUCUAAAAAAAAUACAAUAAAAUUCAGAUAUUCCUUAG